UCCUCUGCCCUGCGCGUCCUGAUUUCUAAGGUUGAUAUGCCUGGGGGAGACUGAGGGGAUUCUUGGCAUUACAAUCUUCCUUAGAGCUUCUUCGGAAUGGUUCACUCAGUUUCCCUGAACACCCCCUGCUGCAGACCGGAGAGGGAUGAAUGUUGUAACUCAGCAUCCACUAACACACUACUGUGGUCCUUCGUGUUCAUAAUGCCAUUGGCUUAGAUCUGCUUUCUGCCACUCAGUGUUUGCGUGGGCAUUUGUGCAGUGGCCAGCGCCAAAGGGAGUUGGACCUCUCAAAGAACGUCAGCGCACCGCCAGACCUCAGGAGCACUUUGCAAGCCCCAUCUGGAGACAUCAUCGACUUUGGGAUCCGAAGGCCUGAAAUCUUCAGCAGCAGGUGUGAAGGACUGGACAAGCAGGAAAGGAGGUGGGUGUUUAGGAUCCCGGAAAGCAGCUGGGGUGAGGUGGGGUCCCUCCCAUCACCAGAAGAGAGCAGCAACUGAAAGAAAUGAAGAACUCUAGACAUGUAUGUCUGGGGUUUGCUUCAGUCUUUACUUGGAGUAGGAGUGGGGUGGAAUAGAACAGAUCCAGUACCUAUCCUUUAGAAAGGUAGAGAAACUCCUCAGGUCCGUGCUAGAAGUGCUUGAAGAUGCUGUGAGAACGCUGUGAGAGAAAUCUGAAGCAAUCUUUGAGUUGAUCCUUGAGGGGACUGGAAAUGGGGGGGGGGACUGGGAGGGGAGAAAUAAACCACCUAUGUGCCACCCCCCUCCUUCGUAGCUGCUGACGCGAUGGUGCUGCUUAUUAAUCAUUCACCAGUCCAGAGCCGCUCCACUUAAUGGCCAUACCGCGCUGAGCUCUAGCCUCUUGGUCUCUCCACGCUCCGGUGUGCCCACAGAACUGCAAGAGACCGCGCGCGAGCAGCCUUUAGGUGAUGCGCCCGGCCGGCCUCGGUAGGAGCCGCGCUCGCCACAGCUGCUGCGCUCUGCCAGGCGGCGCCAGGCGGCGGUGAGCAGCGAGCUGGGAGUCUAGAGCCUGGGGAGGGCGCAGGCAGCAAGGGCGCAAGCCCCAGCCCAGGCAGCUGCGGGGAAGGCGCCUGCAGCAGGGGCCCCGGGACCGGCGCUGCGGACGGCAUGGACGAGCCAGGACGAAACGCUUCCCAGAACGGGACCUUAAGCGAGGGCCAGGGUAGCGCUAUUCUCAUCUCUUUCAUCUACUCCGUGGUCUGCUUGGUGGGACUGUGUGGGAACUCCAUGGUCAUCUACGUGAUCCUGCGUUACGCCAAAAUGAAGACCGCAACCAACAUCUACAUUCUAAACCUGGCCAUUGCUGAUGAGCUGCUGAUGCUCAGCGUGCCCUUUCUGGUCACUUCCACGUUGUUGCGCCACUGGCCCUUUGGCGCGCUACUUUGCCGCCUUGUGCUCAGCGUGGACGCGGUGAACAUGUUCACCAGCAUUUACUGCCUGACUGUGCUUAGUGUGGAUCGCUAUGUGGCUGUGGUGCACCCGAUCAAGGCAGCGCGCUACCGCCGGCCCACUGUAGCCAAGGUGGUGAACCUGGGUGUGUGGGUGCUGUCUCUACUGGUUAUCUUGCCCAUCGUGGUCUUCUCACGCACAGCCGCCAACAGCGACGGCACUGUGGCCUGCAACAUGCUCAUGCCCGAGCCCGCCCAGCGAUGGCUGGUGGGCUUCGUCUUAUAUACAUUUCUCAUGGGCUUCCUAUUGCCUGUCGGUGCCAUCUGCCUGUGUUACGUGCUCAUCAUUGCCAAGAUGCGCAUGGUGGCCCUCAAAGCCGGCUGGCAGCAGCGCAAGCGCUCAGAGCGCAAGAUCACUUUAAUGGUGAUGAUGGUGGUGAUGGUGUUUGUCAUCUGCUGGAUGCCUUUCUACGUGGUACAGCUGGUCAAUGUUUUCGCUGAGCAAGACGACGCCACCGUGAGCCAGUUAUCUGUCAUCCUAGGCUAUGCCAACAGCUGUGCCAACCCCAUCCUCUACGGCUUCCUGUCGGACAACUUCAAGCGCUCUUUCCAGCGCAUCUUGUGCCUCAGCUGGAUGGACAACGCAGCGGAGGAGCCAGUGGACUACUACGCCACCGCCCUGAAGAGUCGCGCCUACAGUGUGGAGGACUUCCAGCCCGAGAACCUGGAAUCUGGUGGCGUUUUUCGUAAUGGCACCUGCGCUUCCAGGAUCAGCACGCUUUAAAGCUAGGCACUGCCUGGAGGGGGAGAGAGGCCAAAAACGGGGAGUGAGGAGCGGGUGUGGGCCAGUGAUACCCGCUUAGUCAGCUGGACCUAGGAAAGCCAUGUGACCAAGGUAAAAUGGAGAGUUUUGUGGGUCAACUGGGAAGGCUUUCGGGACAUCUUCUCAGCCCUUCCUUCUCUCUACACAGCGCUUGCUACUUUGAACAACUCUGUUCUUCAAACCCGGUAACUUUGAUGCUCCCAGUUCUGCUAGUACAAAUCACAAACUUAACUCAGUUUGACCCUUUUCCCCUCAAGUCGAUAUUUCUGUUUCUUUAAACUGAGCCAGCGUUACCGCUAUGUUUCCUUUCGACUGAGUCCCCAGCUUGUGCUCAUCCUGAUCGCUGCGCAGGUCAUCCGGCCAGACUCUGCUCAAAGCGGUUAUCAGAUUGUCCCAAAUCGCUGCUCACCCUUUGCACAACCUUACUUUUAAGGAAGCCCGGCUUGGGGAUGACCAGGCAACUUCUCAAGGAAGGCACAUCUUUCCCUGGGAGCUUCCUCCCUCCACUCCACCCACACCCAGAGCAGAGCUAGGUGCUUAAGAAAAGGUCGUGCACCCAGAACCCCAGACUUUGUACAGCUCCACACACGUCCUCUUUCGGAGGAAAAAAAAGGAGUAAACAGAAGGACAAGUUUGUAAGAUCCCUGGUUUGUGGAUAUGGGUACCAUAGAAGUCACUCUACCCUUAGAGCUCAGAACUUGAGCACUGGGUUCUGAAGUUCCAGCGAGGGGUGCUCCCAACUGGGGAAUGACUUAGGCAAGCUGGCGGGUGCACCUGAAAUGCAGGGCAGGUCCUCUGGGUUCCCUCCCUAGAAUAACAAAAGAUUCGGUUUCCUGCUCUAGUGUAAAUUUCAGGUCCAGCUCAGGCUCCUCCUGUGAUGACUGCAGGGCCUUUGCCACAGCUGGAUGGGUUGCUGUAACUUGUGAGGUCCUGGAAGGUUCAGGCCUUUCAAGCGGUGCCUAAUAAGUUAUUUCUUGUUUAACAUAUGUAUUUAUUUAUUUAUUUGUGGUGUUGGAAGUCCUGUGUUUCUGCUUUUCUCUACUUGCCUAACAGGGCUGUUCUUGGGAGUUCUGGGAGCUUCAGGUUGUGGGCCAGAGCAGGAGAGGAGAAAAGCUCCCUCCUCACCCUAAAGCCAGCUCAAGUUCCACUCUCUUGGAUUCUCUUAGCCUUUUCUCAAUCCUUCCUAUUUUUGCUUGUAUCCAGUGAAGUUUGGAGAUUUUUUAACCCUUUUUUAUUGUAGCUUUUGUCUUAUUAAAAUAAAUAAAUGGUAAUUUGGGUUAACUUCUGUCAGUGCAAAAUGAAAGACCUGAAUUCCUGGUGUCCCAGGAAACAUGAGGGAAAACCACACUGUCUGUGAUGUGUGUGUGUAUCUAUAUGUGCUGCUAUGCACAAAUUGUAUGUAUAUAUACGAGAGACAGAUUUGUUUAUCUUGACCGACUGUCACAAGUCCAUGAAGCAAUUAGAAGGACAAGUGUGCCUCCAGCUGGGAUGUUUUCAGUUUCAGGUUCAAGUAGCUCUCAAACUCGGAAUGUCAAUCACACUGAGAAAUGUCAAUCAGAGACUUGAAUCCCUACUGAAGAUACUGCUGCCUUGUUCUAGGAACCAGCACAGGUGAUUCUUACAUGCCUCCAGUUAACAUAGUCACUUCUGUUGGGGAAUGGAAGUGGAAAUAAUUAUGUCUGAAUUCACUAGAAAUAUGAACAGAGCAAGGACCAAUCAUUUCACUCGUUCGUGUUUCCUGUAGUCUUUGGUGUGCUGGUUUGUACAUUGGAGGCACAGAAAGCAUAUAUAUCUUGGUUGGUUGUUUAAGUAAGCCAGUGUAUAUCAGUGGUCCUGGAAUAACGAACCUGGGAUUUUCAGGUUCCCACUGACAUGAUAUACAAUGACUGAAUGCACUAAAUAUAAAAGAUGUUUUGUGCACAUUUGCUUCGAGAAGAAUACCAUGCUUUUCUAAAAGCAGUAACCAAGAGUUUAACUGUCUUGUGUUUUGUUUCAACAACUGAACAAAUAUGCUUUGGAUCAUAAGAAAAUUUAGAUCUUUUCCUAAUACUAGUUAUAUGUAUAUAAUAACCCUUCUGUUAAAAUCGAUUUUUAAUCGUUAGGAACAAUGUACUUUACAAACUGAAAUCUUCAUCGUUAUCAUCUACAGAAUAGAAAUGUAGUGCCCUUAACCUGUUGCCGCUGUAAUACUAACAGAAUAAACAUGUA